UUCUCGAAGAUGUUUCCUGAUUUACAGUUUCCGCCGUCCGCUCUUUCUCUCCCCGAUACCAAAACGGCGAAGCCUUUUCGUUUCCGUAAUUUGUGCGCGGCAAGUAGAUGAGCUUCACUUUGCCGAGCGCUCAACUGGCGUCAAAGCCUUCCCGGAACCUCUCACCGUCAAUUCCAUUCCGGCAAUGCAGAAACCGGACGCUAGGAGACCGCCGUGGACGGAAGCGCCCAGGAGUCACCGUCCGGUGCAACAUAUUUCCUUCACCUUCACCCUUCCGCUCUCUGUUCGACAAUUUAAUCGUUCAAUUCCCUUUCGUGAAUUCGCUCGAUGUCAUCGCUCCUGCCCUUGGUAUCGCUUCCGGAGCCGCUCUCUACCUCGCGCGUUUCCGCGGAGAUUCAAAUGUUCGUAGAGUUCCGCAGGAAGGCUCAGUUUCAGAAAUUGGCGAGUGGGUACUGGUCACCAGUCCCACGCCGUUUAAUAGGUUUGUCAUGCUGCGGUGUCCUUCUGUUUCGUUCAUGGGGGGAGAAUUGCUGGAGAAUUUAAAUGAGAGUCUGAUGAGAGAGCAAAGCCAUUUCGUGAGACUUUUCAGUGGUAGAAUUCAGGUUGGGAUGAGCGAGGAGAAAUUUGAUGAGAAGUUGGUCUACCAGAGGCUGUGUAUAAGCAUGGAGGAUGGAGGAGUGGUGUCGUUGGACUGGCCAGCAAAUUUGGACUUGGAGGAGGAGUGUGGAUUGGACACCACCUUAGUGAUAGUUCCCGGAACAGCUGAGGGAAGCAUGGGCGACGAUAUUAGGGGAUUUGUGUGUGAAUGUUUGAGGAGAGGGUGUUUCCCAGUUGUCAUGAAUCCCAGGGGUUGUGCUGGUUCUCCAUUGACUACAGCAAGGUUAUUUACAGCUGCUGACAGUGAUGAUAUCUCCACAGCCAUCGAGUUUAUCAAGAAGAGAAGGCCAUGGUCAACAUUAAUGGGCAUUGGCUGGGGUUAUGGUGCAAACAUGCUGACAAAGUACCUGGCUGAAGCUGAAGGAGAAACACCACUCACGGCUGCUACUUGUGUUGACAACCCUUUUGACCUAGAAGAGGCUACAAGAGCAUCUUCUCACUUAAACCAGAAGCUAACUCCUGGAUUGGUCAAUAUUCUGCAAUCUAACAUGGAACUGUUCCAAGGAUGCAAAAAAGGUUUUAAUGUUGAAAAGGCUCUUCUAUCAACAUGUAUUCGUGAUUUUGAGAAAGAAAUAUCUACUGUAUCACACCGGUCUAAUUCCAUAGAGGAUUUUUAUGCAAAAUCUAGUACAAGAGAUCUGAUUGGAAGAGUUAAGAUUCCUCUUCUAUUUAUUCAGAACAAUGACAGGUCUGUUCCAUUGUUCUCUGUUCCACAAAGUUCAAUAGCUCAAAACCCAUUCACAAGCCAGCUUCUGUGCAACCACUUCCUGUUUACUGAAUCCAUUCGAGAUAGAUCAACUGUACCUUGGUGUCAGAAUCUUGCCAUGGAGUGGAUGGCUGCUGUGGAGCUUGGUCUUUUAAAAGGUCACCACCCUCUUUUACAAGAUCUUGAUGUUACCAUUAAUCCUUCAAGUGUCCCAGCCAUGUUGAUGAGAUCACCUGAUGCAAGUGCUAGAGUAAAAAAGAAUUUAAGUCUUCAAAGUUUAGACUCUUCAGAUGGGCACAUCCUAGAGCCUUUCGAAAAGACAUUUGUGGAAAGAAACACUGCAGCAAGCCAAAAUACAGGCUUGUUAUUGCAUGAGGAUAAUGACAAAUUAGUAUCUGGUCGUAGUGUUGCAGACUCUGGGGAAGAGGAGGCAAUGGGUCAUGAUGAUGAUGAUGAUGAUAGAGUCCGAAUGAUACAAGCUGCACAGGUGGUUAUGAACAUGCUUGAUGUGACUAUGCCUGAUGCACUUACAGAAGAACAAAAGAAGAAGGUUCUGACUGCUGUUGAUCAAGGGGAAACAUUGAUGAAUGCUCUGCAAGGUGCUGUACCUGAAGAUGUUCGUGGAAAACUUACAAACACGGUUUCUGAUUUUGUUAAUAAUCAAGGCUCUGACUUGAAAUUGGAUCGUCUCCUGGCUCUCAAACCCAUUCCUUAUGUAACCUCCAGGUCAAAUUCAACUAUCCAGGAAAACGUUAAAGGAGAUUCAAGUCUUGAAGCAGAAAAUGAAUCGUCUUAUUCUUCGGAUGAGGUGAAGGCGGGAGAUUUGCCUAAUGGCUCAAACAAGCAUGCAUAUAGUGCAGACAAUCACUCUGGGAAACAUGAAACAGAAUGGCGGACUUCAGAAGAUUGGCAAGGAUCGGACAAUACCUGUCAGUCUCAAUCAAUUAACUGUUCUGAUAUGGAAACGAAGGACAUGAGUGAUAUACUACAUAAAGAUGAGGAUGCUAAUAUUACUGAUAAAACUGGUUUGGAUUUUAGUAACAGGGAAAAUGAAUUAAAAACAGGAGAAAAAACGAAGAGUUCAAGUGUGCCUGAAAGGGAGUCUGCGAAGGAAAAUAUGGACUCAGAGAAAUACAAAAUGCAAGAUGGUGCAAAAAUUGAGAUGGACUUUAAUGGAGAGAGUUCUAGUCAAACAAAGGAAGAAAAUGUUGGUGAAUCUUCUAGUUAUCAGAACAGUACUAAGCCAAAGAUAGUGGAAAAAGAAAUAUCUCCUGCUACUCCCUCUGAGACCCAAGUGAUGGAAAAAAUGGACGGGGAUAACAUGAAGAGAGAAGAAAAGGGGACGCAAACACAUUCAAACCAAAGUUUACCCAAUUCACCAGUCUUUAGUGCUUCUCAAGCAUUAGAUGCCUUGACAGGAAUAGAUGACUCGACUCAGGUGGCAGUUAAUAGUGUGUUUCAUGUACUGGAGGAUAUGAUUACCCGCCUAGAGGAUGGGAAAAAUGCUGACGAUAAAACGGGUAAUAGAGACAAUAAUGAUUUGGACGACAUUGAGGGGAAAAAUAAGUAUGCUGGCACACCACCUUCUGAUGCUAUUCCUUCAAAUAACCAAUCACACUCUAAAAAGAAAAUGAAAGAGAAGCAUAUGAUUCUUGGUGAAAGUGUAUCAGAAAUGAAGCACUCUGCAGAAAAAAAUGAGGGAAAGAGGCAAGAGGUUUUCAAUGCAAAACUGUCUGUAGAGGAUUCAGCUAAGUACUUAAAUACUGUUUCUCAAAAUGUUCCAUUUUAUACUAUAAAAGGUUGUCUAGGAAGCUCUGUUUACAAAGAAAAAGAAGCAAUAUCUAAGUCAGAAAAUGAUGCUAAUUCUGACAAUAAUGUUGCAUCUCAUGAAGGUUGCUAUUUACGACCAAGAUCAAAGGAUAUAAACACUGAACCAUCUUAUGCAGUUUUAGAUUCUGAGAAGUGGCAUGAAACAAUUGAAAAAUCUAAUGGAUAUAUUAAAGUUGGUGAUGAAAAAUUAGAAAAGCCUUCUGACAGUAUCCGAAAUAUUAUUAUGGACACUUUAAAAGUUGAAGUAGGCCGAAGGCUAAGUUCUGCUGACAUGGAGAAAAUGGAAACUGAACUUUCUAGAGAUCUGGAACACAUAGCAAAUGUUGUUUCUCAAGGAAUAGGAUUGGAUGGCACACUUGCAUCAAAUGCAAAACUCAAGGACUGUGAUUCAGAGAAAGUUGGUACCCUUCAUGCAGAGCAUGUAGUAGAGGUCAUAUCCUCUGCUGUUCAGAAUACCAGCUAUUUGCAAAGAGUAUUGCCUAUUGGGGUUAUUGUUGGCUCAAGCCUGGCUGCACUAAGAAAAUCCUCUACAGUUCAGAAUAAUGGCAAAGGCAAUGACAUGAUCAUUGAUCAAACAAAUAAAAACCCAAAAGAUGAAAAGGGAUCUGAUAUUGCUCCUAAUUUGAAUACUAAUCAGAAAUAUGAGUUGGAGAGUCCUGGUCUCAUGAUUGGUAGAAGAGUUGAUUCUGAAAACAUGACCAAGGUCACCAAGCCCAGAAUUGCAAGUAGAGAAGAUUCAGGGGAUUCAAGCAAAUCUAUUAUGGUUGGAGCUGUUACUGCAGCUUUAGGAGCAUCUGCACUGCUCACCCAUCAUCAGGAUGAAGAGACUGAAAUUUCUUCCAAUCACAGUGGAAAAGAUGUAAACAAAAAUACUCGUACACUUGAGGAUGUGGAUAAACCCCAGGACAACGUAGUCACAAGUCUUGCUGAGAAAGCAAUGUCUAUUGCUAGUCCGGUGGUACCUACAAAGGAUGGUGAAGUGGAUCAAGAAAGGCUGGUGGCAAUGCUGGCAGAGUUAGGACAGAAGGGUGGUGUUUUGAGGUUUAUUGGAAAAUUUGCAUUACUUUGGGGUGGAUUACGUGGUGCUAUGAGUCUUACUGACAAGCUUAUUUCAUUUCUGCGCGUUGCUGAACGUCCUUUUUUCCAGAGGAUUCUUGCAUUUAUCUGUAUGGUGCUUGUUUUAUGGUCACCUGUUGUCGUACCUUUGCUACCAACACUUGUUCAUAGCUGGACUACCCAAAAUCCAUCCAAAACUGCAGAACUGAUAUGCAUUUUUGGACUCUAUAUCUCCAUUGUCCUACUAGUUACUUUGUGGGGGAAAAGAGUCCGCGGGUACCAAAAUCCACUUGAACUAUAUGGGCUGGAUCUGACUUCACUGCUGAAGGUUCAAAAUUUUCUAAAGGGCUUAGUUGGCGGAAUUAUUCUUGUGAUACUAAUUUAUUCAGUAAACUCCCUUCUUGGCUGUGUCCAUUUCCAAAUGCCAAUCACUCUUUCCUCAUCAUCUUCCGCUGCUCUAUCAUCGCUGAAAGUGUUCAGUCAGAUGGCUAUACUAGCUUUUCAAGGAGUAACAACUGCAACAGGGGUUGCAAUUGUUGAGGAAUUACUUUUCAGAUCAUGGUUGUCUGAUGAAAUUGCUUCUGAACUCGGAUACAGUCGAGGAAUAAUCAUUUCAGGACUUGCAUUUUCUGUAUUCCAGAGGUCAGCAUGGGCAGUGCCUGGCCUAUGGAUGUUAUCACUAGCCCUUUCUGGGCUUCGGAAAAGAAAUCAAGGAAGCCUCUCUCUUACCAUAGGGGUACGCACAGGAAUAUUGGCUUGUAAUAAUUUCUUGAAGAUGGGAGGCUUUCUGGUUUCUGAAUCCAAGUUCCCACCAUGGUUUACUGGGGCUUACUCUUUUCAACCCUUUAGUGGGGCUACUGGUCUUGCCUUUGCUUUUUUGCUGGCACUCAUUGUCUAUUCCCAGGAGAUACAAAGAAAGUGUCUAGAGCCAUGAAGGAUUAAUCAUGUGGAUACUGACUUAAGCCCCGUUUGGUAAGAGAUAUUUGGAUGAAAUGGCUGAAUCUACAUAAGUAAGUCAAAGGUUAGAGAAGUGUCUAGAGCCAUGAAAAUUAAUACCAUUUGAAAGUGUCUAGAGCCAUAAAAAAUGGUAAUUAUACCAUUUGUUAUGGCUGAAUUUUGUUCAAAAUAUUUGCCGUUUGUUAUUGAAUUUUCUGAAAUGAAUAGGGUUAGAGACGUCGGGUACAGCCACAUAAGUAAGUCAAAGGUUACUUAUUCCGCUGUCAAUGAAUGCUACAGGACGGGAACAGUAUUGGAAAUGGUAUCUGGACUACCAUUCGGUACUGUUCUCAGUAGUUAAUCCAUCUAGAACUCACACAAGAGAGGACUUAUUUACUCCCUCCGUCCCUAAAAGGAUUGACAAGUUUGAUUGACACGUAGAAUAAUAAAGUAAAAAUUGUGUGGUAGAGAUUUGUGCAGAAGAGAGAAAUAACAGCAGCUACAAAUUGAUUGAUUAAAAGGGAAAGUGUCAAAGUUUUUGGGAUAACCAAAAAAAAGGAAAGUUGUCAAAGUUAUCAGGGACGGAGGGAGUAUUUAAUAGUGAGAUGGGCUACCUACUAAGAGUAGUAUAAAAUAGUGUCCCAACUAUAAGUGUCCUUGUUUAUAUGUGUGCGCGUGUGAGUGUACGUCAAAGUGUGCAGAUUCCAUUUGUACUUCGGAUGUGCAGCUGGAUUCCCGCUGCUACAGAAAAGACUGGGUAAAGUGAAUUCCAUUUGGCAUGUCAGUAUGAGAUGUUAAAUGAUGGGACGAAAGGGUCAAAUUGGAAUUCAGCUAUAAAGUGUGGCUGCAAAACCUAAUCAUAUUUUACCAUGUAUACGAUAGUAUAACAUUAGAAAAGUCAAGUCAAAUAGCAAAACACAAGCAAAAGGGUUAGUUUCAGAAAGAACUGUAUAGCAUUGUGGAAGUACUGUAUGCACUGUGUUGUAUAAGCUCAACAGCCUCAACUUAUGAAAUUUCACCCACUGAAUGAGUGUUGCUGCUGAUAGUCUACACAAUGGCUGUCUCAAUCUUAACCGGAUGUUGAACUUCUAAAAUUGUGGAAUUCUUUCGGCCUCAUCUCUACAAAUAUUUCAAUGAUGAUGAAACCAAUUGCCUGUGGCGGCUUCGAUGAUGAUCAUCACAAUAACUACAUUUGUGGUGGUCUUGAUUAUCCUGUGGUACGAAAAAUGACGUUUGAUUGAUAGUCAUUAGACUAUUCUGUGAAUUCUUGAAGAAGGCAUUUGAUGAUGAUCAUAAUGAUUCUCUUCGUUUUAUGUUUAUGAUAUAAUGGUAUAGAAUAGACUAGCUCCAUGUAUUUCGUAGUCCAUAUUACUGUAUUAGUUACGUAGUACGUGGUAAUA